ACUGUGGACACAGCACUAUGCUUCGGUUCUUUUAAUUAACUUGCGUGGCGGUAUAGUUGGCGCAUAUGAGCUUAUAAACUAAUUAAUAUAGUCAACAUGGAAUAUCAAACACUUGAGUCAAUUUUACAAAGCAAUUUAUCCGGUGAAGAAUUGAAGUUUGCAAAUCAUUUGCUAUUUGGCCCGAAUAUACCACGAGAACUUCAUUUGGAAUAUUCGGCCGAGGACUUGCAAGACAUUGCAGAAGUAAAGGGUUACUCAUUUUUGGAUAAUUCAAGUUCCAAAACGCCACGAGUCGUGAGAAUUGCACUGUUUCAAAAUGCAAUUGUUGAGAAAACCACAGCUUCCAUAUCGAAACAAAGAGAUGCACUAUUAGAUUUGGGAAAAAGAGCCAUCAACCUCGCUGCAAAAUGUGGUGUCCAAAUAUUCUGCUUUCAAGAGUGUUGGGACAUGCCAAUAAUAUUUUGCACGCAAAAGAAACUUCCUUGGGUUGAAUUCGCGCAAGAUGCUUACAAAGGUCCAACAACUUUAAUGCUUUGCGAGCUAGCCAAGUUACACAACAUGGUGAUAGUGUCUCCAAUUCUGGAACGAGACAAUGACGAAGACUGUUUGUGGAACACGGCCGUAGUAAUUGAUAACAAUGGCAAAGUGUUGGGAAUUUCGAGGAAAAAUCACAUUCCAAUAUCUGGACGAUUUGGCGAGUCCUACUAUUACAACCCUUCAGAACUGGGACAUCCUGUGUUUCAGACCGAAUUUGGCCGCAUUGGCGUUUGCAUUUGCUACGAACGACACCAUCCUCAAUGUUUCUUUAGCUAUGCUCUAAACUCUGCCGAAAUCGUUUUCAAUCCAAGUGCGACCGUAAAAAGUUUUAGCGAAUCGUUGUGGCCGAUUGAGGCGAGAGACGCUGCAUUUCAAAACGAAUUUUAUGUCGGUGCUAUAAAUCGGGUGGGACAAGAACAAUUUGACUCAUCGUCAGAUUCGCAGGGAAUGUCAUCAUUUUACGGAUCGUCCUAUGUCUCAGGACCUGAUGGGUCUAAAACUCCGGGCAUAUCACUGGACAGAAACGGAUUGCUUGUGGUAGAUUUGAAUUUGAACAAAUGUUCCCAGCGUUCGUCGACUGAAAGAUUAGCAAAGUUAUCAUUCCCAUUCAUGAAAUAAUUUUAUUCAGUUGUUUCUGAUUGCCAAAACAAAGACAAUAAAUAGUGUUUAAUAUACAACA